AUGAGUAUACUGGAUGAAAGUUUCCCCCACGAUGAACUUUCCGAAGUGGACUUAUUGCCAACGCCACCACAUCAUCGAAUUCAAUUUCCACACCGCUUGCGAGAACGUCAACAACAAGGGCACAGUGGUGACAGCAUCAAAAGCCCACUAACGCUUGUACACAAUCUCAGCGUCUCCAACUCAUCGGCCGAUCAGACUAUAUCCUCAGCCGAAUCAGCCUCAGAGCAGCGCACUCAGCCCGCUGGUUUGGCAAGCGACGAACGCAUGGUUAAGAGCGAUCAAACUGGGCUUUCCACUGGUGGUGGCGUAGGCGUUGCGCACCAGAGCCAUCUGCCAGAGCAUGACCGUAAGUCUUACUCUUACCAUGACAUUCACUCGCAGUAUACGAAGCGUCGCUUCAAGCACGUCGAGAGCAAAGUCGGACAAUAUAUAGCAAAUAUACGUAGCGAAGAUGAACGACGCCGCAAGCUAGCGAAAUUUCAAAGACACAGUUCGAUGCCCGAGGCGCUGGUACACGAACCGCUGCCGCGGAAGACGUCAAUGCAGUUGCAGCGCGGUGUGACUUUAACAGCCGCAAGGUUGAAUGAAGCGCUUGUGGGCGUAAUCGAUGCAGUCGACGAAGAGGAGCAGGAGGUGGAGGAAGAAGUGGAGGCGGAGCCCGAUGCCAGCGCAGACUUGUCUGCCA